UAUUAAAAAAAACUAAAAGUGGUAUAAGUUACCCUGGGAGUCUAUGUUACCCCCUUUUAGGGUAUAUUUAAUUGAGCGUUCUCAUAUAUUGAACAUUCUUCAUCAAAACAGAUGAAUUAUAAAUAAAUAUUCAUAAUGAAUUUAAGUACUUUUCACAAAAACAUGAUUGCUCAUAAGAAAUUUUUAUUGGUAACUUACAACAAAAUAUCCACAAAGAAUGUUGCAAAACUUUUUGCAAUACUGCCAAUCAAGUCAAGGCCCAUCUGCUCCUUAUCUAGUUAUACAUUUAAGUUGAGUGGUCCUUUUGAAGCUUCUCUUUUAAAAAUUCAUAAAAAUCAUGUUUCUUGUCAAAGAAGGCCAUUUUCCUGUACUCCUAUGAACAAGAGUCAGAGAGAAUCACAAGAGAAAAACCUGAGGUCAACUCUGUACUAUGUUGCUGCUGUGGGGGUGCUAGUUUUUGGCCUUUCUUAUGCUGCUGUUCCACUCUACAGAAUAUUUUGUCAGGCUUAUAGUUAUGGUGGAACUGUGCAGCAUGCAGAAGAUGCUGAAAAAGUUGCUGGUCUUGAAUCGGUUAAAGACCGGAAAAUCACAAUAAAUUUUAAUGCUGACACCUCUGCAAUGACUUGGAACUUCAGACCAUUGCAGAGGAAAGUUGAGGUCAUACCUGGUGAAACAGCCCUUGCAUUCUACACGGCUACUAACCCAACAGACAAGCCUGUUAUUGGGGUGUCAACAUACAAUGUAUUACCCUUCGAGGCUGGCCAAUACUUCAACAAAAUUCAAUGCUUUUGUUUUGAGGAACAAAUGCUCAAUCCCAAAGAAGAGGUUCAAAUGCCCGUCUUCUUCUACAUUGACCCCGAGUUCGCUGCAGAUCCCGCUAUGGACAAUGUGCAAACCAUCACAUUGUCGUACACAUUCUUUGAGGCCAAGCCUGGUAUGGACAUACCCCUGCCGGGCUUCCUCAAACGGUGAAAAACUCAACAGCCGUGUCUUAGUUGUACAUUUUGUUACACAUGUACCUAUUUAUGUUGGAUUUCUAUUUAUGUUGGAUGUAAUUGAAAGUAGGUUUUUGUAUCUAUGUACGGCAUAAUAGUCUAUAGAAACUUUUAAGAGAAAGGCCAAUUGUUGCCUCUCCUAAUGUGCAAUUUCAUCUCUAAGAAUUUCUGAACACCGGUAAUAAGCAAUUGUCUGCGUUCUCUUAUCAUCGUAAGCAGCCACAAGCAAAUUAAAUACAUUUUCCAUCCGAAUACCAAACUAAUUUUAAAGAAAGAAUAGUCUUGAAUAAUGGAAUUUUCAUCGCAAGUUUGCAUACGAAUUAAUUCAAACAAUCUUUAAAUUUGCAAUUUGCUGCUGUUGAGGAGGGGAAUAAAAUAUUCGUUGAAUUAUUUUCUUUCUUACUAAUGGUGGCAAGCUUGUGCUGCCGUCCGGCCAAUAAUCUGAAUUUAUAUCAUUCACAAUGUUAGUUAACCUCGCUAUUCUUAGUGAGAUAAUACAGAUCUUUACUACCUUUUCACGCCAAGAAAGUUAAGUUGUCGUUCGUAAUGGUGGCAACCAUACAUGCUUGGUCAAAUAAGGCGCUUCCGCGACGAGUAGCAGUACUUAAGCCCGCGCAUCAACAACUUAUCUUCAAAGUUAUAUCCAACUUCAUUCCGAAUAGGAAAUAAAAGAAACGCUGGUGAAACCUUUUACAAAUUUAGUGAAAAGACAGAAGAUAAUUGCAACUUCCUCCAACACUUGGUCUGAAACGUAUUGCUUCAUUUAUUCCUUCCUCUCCAGUUUUUGAAAGAAAAAUGCAUCCUCGGCUGAAAAUAAAAUAAAAUUAACGUCUUUGCUCUGUCGGCAACAAACUGAACAAGGUCAAACAUGCGCCUAAUAUACAUAUUUCAAUGUCUACCUCCACCAUUCAUCAGAUAAUGAUGCUAGUACUGUGGAGAGGUUCUAACCCAACAAUAUGCUGGAUCAUAACGCAAAUACCGAUUAUUUUACA